AUGUCCCCCCUAUUAGAGUCGGUUACUCUUGGCGCUACCAUUCCUUUAAGGAAUCGUAUUUGUAUGGGGUCUAUGACACACAAUCGCUGCACUGACAAUGGAAAGCCGACGGUAGCAACCAAGUCUCAUUACGCCGAGCGUGCUCGAGAUGGCACGGGUCUCAUUGUCGCAGAAGGGACAUUCAUUUCCCCGCAUGGCGCUGAAUGGCCCCACGCACCAGUGAUGUUUGACAAGAGCCAUUCAGAGGCUUGGAAAGUUGUCACUGAUGCAUUCCACCAAGACGGGGGAAAGAUUUUGUUCCAGCCAUGGCAUCCUGGCCGAAUCCAGAACGAAAAUAUGCCCAUGCUCAAGGAGUAUAACUAUCCUGUUCUCGCACCUUCGAAGAUCAAGGCCAAGGGAGGCAAAUUCCGAACCUUGGAUGGAACACCGGGACACACUGAAAACAUUACCGAGAUUGAAAAUGUCAAAGAUAUUGUGGAUCAGUAUCGAACCUCUUGUGUUUUGGCAAAGGAAGCAGGCUUUGACGGGAUUGAAUUGCUCUCCCAAGGUGGCUAUCUAUUGCACAACUUCCUUUGCAGUCAUUCCAAUGCUCGGAGCGAUGAAUAUGGAGGAUCGGUGGAAAAUCGAUGCAGGUUCCCCUUGGAGGUACUCGAUGCCAUCAUAUCAGUUUGGGGCCCACGAGCCGUGGGAAUCAAGUUUUGCCCAUCCGACGACUACAAUGAUACGAUGGUCAGCUAUGAAGAGUUGACGGAAACCUACACCUAUUACAUCCAGGAGUUAAUAAAGCGCAAUCUAGGCUUCAUUAAUAUUUCUCGCAGAGGGUGUGAUCUUGGCAGAAACCAGGAUGAUUAUUUCAAAUCAAAUCCCAGGCCAGAAGACAAGGUGUUGCCACCAAACUACGAGCCAUUGAAGCAGUUCGGGAAGAUGAUCAAAUACCCCGGAAGCAAUACCAUGUUGAUGGUGAACCACGAGUAUACCUUCGAGGAAGCAGAAUAUCUCAUCAUGACAGGUCAAAUUGACCUAGUCCAGUUUGGACGGCCAUUCAUCUACAACCCGGAUUUGAUAACCCGCUUGGUGUCUGGGAUCCCUCUUGCCUCCAAUCAGCGAGGUGGAAUGGUCAACUAUGGACCUUACCACGACCCGAAUGAGAACUACAACGACUGGCCACGGGCAAUUUGA